GUGCUGAGACUAAAGGCACACACCACUAUGCCUGGCCAUGAUUCACUCUCUGAAAGAUAUUUGGAGUCACACAUCUUCAGACACUUGCAGUACCAGUGACUCAGAGCUGUCUCCUCUCUGCUCGAGUCUGGUGGAUAGGAAACAGCUGCCUCACUGUCAGCUAAAAGUUCUGGCAGAGCUGGAUGAGGGCCACACCUGCAGGAUGCCACCUGCCUCUGUCUGCCUUUUCUCUUGCUGUGGGUAAUUAAGCUUGCCUGCUAGCAGGAAGUCAUUUCUUUUAUUGCCUCCUUCCUCAGCAAGGCCCUUGGUGGUAAAACCAGUUGGAUAACCACUGGCAACCUCCCAAAAGCUAACUCUUCCCUUCGGCUCAGAUGUGGAGGAAGGUCAAAGCCUGGGACAGACCCAUGAAAGGCUAUCAAACUUAGCACCGUGGUUGCCUCCACUGGACUCAGCGCCAACAUGGAUGCUAUCAGCCAAUCCCCUGUGGAUGAUGUCCUGCUUCCCAAGCACAUCCUGGACAUCUGGGCCAUUGUCCUCAUCAUCCUGGCUACCAUUGUCAUCAUGACCUCCUUGUUUCUGUGCCCGGCCACUGCAGUCAUCAUCUAUCGAAUGCGGACUCAUCCGGUUCUCAACGGAGCUGUCUGAGACCCUUGGAAGUGGGAUGGCGUGCGAUAAGGGGUCUCACCCCAGUCUGUUCUCAGAAAGACAGCGGGGAGACUCAGAAGCUGAACUUGUGCUUUAGUGUUGCUCCUGCAGCUGGCCAACAAUGUAGAUACGAUCUCGGGACCAAGACCGUUAACUUUCAGCUAGGGUCGUGGUCCCUGCCCUCCUACCUCACAGGGUUGUAGGAACCACGUGACUUAGUGGAGCCGAAAGCCGCUUGUGAGCAGUGAAGCCACGCGGCUGCUGCGCUACGAGAAGCCUUGAAGAACCAAAGAUCCCUGAAGCCGUUGAUGGUAAAGGAAGUGAGGAA